CUGACUUUUUUAGUAUUUUGCAUACAUUCAAAGACAUUUUUUCAUCUGUGUAUCAAACCCCCUUUUUGAAUCUUUGUUGGGCUUUUGAGUUUGUUAGGCUGCUAUCAAAAAGUAAUUUGAGUGAAGACUAUUCCUAUAUAACCAGUAUGGUCGCAAAAGAUCGUCAAAGCAAAACCGACUCUCCAAAAGUGGAGGUUGGAGAGAUCGACACCAGGGCACCUUUUCAAUCCGUCAAGGAUGCUGUCAAUCUUUUUGGUGAAGGUGCUUUUUCAGGUGAAAAACCUGCCAUCAAGAAGAUAAAGCCUCAAUCUGCUGAGAGGGUCUUGGUGAAGGAAACGAAGCUCCACUUGGCACAGAAAGAGCUUGAUAAGUUAAAGGAACAGUUAAAGAGUGCUGAAACUACGAAAACUGGUGCACUUACGGAGCUCGAACGAGCCAAAAGGACUGUUGAUGAUCUUAAACACAAGCUGGAAGUUAUUAAUGCGGCAAAGGAGUCAGCAAUUAAAGAAGCAGAAGUAGCAAAGAAUCAGGUGAAACAUCUUGAUGUUGGAGACACAAAUGUUUCAAAACAAGAUCUGGAAAACACAAAAGAACAGUAUGCUGCUGUGUUUACAGAACUCGAUUCUGCCAAACAAGAACUAAGACGAAUCCGUCAUGAUCAUGAGGCAGCGUUGGAUGAAAAAACUGCUGCUAUUAAUCAAGAAAUAGAAGCCAAGCUAACAAAAAACUCAAAUUUGGAUCGAGCCGGUGAGGUAUCAAAGGAGAUAAUGUCUGUUCAAAAGACUAUUGAGCAGGUGAAGCUGGCAACAAUGGAAGUACAGCAAGAACAAGAAAAGAUAUAUUCUGCGAAGAAUGUUCAAAAACUUGCUCAUAAAGCAGCACUGGAAGAGUCUGCAAAGAAAUUACUUGCUUUACGUGAACGGGUUGACCCAGAAAUGUCGAAAGAUCUCGAAAGCCAAUUUGCAGAAACGACAUCUGAGAUAAAAAGAUUGCAAGCAGAGAUGGAGAAUGCAAGGGCUUCAGAUCUUGAUUCGUUGAAGAACGUGACCAUGGAGCUUGAUGGUGCUAAAGAGUCGUUGCAGAAAGUUCUUGAAGAAGAAAGCUCGUUAAAAAGCUUGUUGGAAUCUUUAAAGAUUGAGCUCGAGAGUGUUAAGAAGGAACAUGAAGAAUUGAAAGAAAAAGAAGCAGAGACUGAAUCUGUGGCCGCAAAUCUGAAUGCCAGGCUACAAAAAAGCAAGAUAGAUCUUGAAACAGCUCAUUUUGAAGAAGCUAAGGUCACUGAUUCUUCCGAUGAAAUGAUGUUGACUUAUCAACAAUUGAUUUCUGAGAGUGAAAAUGCAAAACGGGAAUCGGAAGAGAUGAAGGAGAAAGCUGAAGAGUUGAAGAAAGAAGCAGAAGCAAUGGCAGUGGCUUUGGAAGAAGCAGAAAGUAAACUUACAAUUGCUUUACAAGAAGCCGAUGAAGCAAAAAAAGCCGAAUCAAAAGCUCUCGAGGACAUAAAGGUAAUUUCUGAAAGAACCGAUGCUGCACGCGCAUCAACUUCCGGGUCAGGAUCGAAAAUCACGAUCUCUCAAGAAGAAUAUGAGUCAUUGAUCAGGAAAGUCGAGGAAUCAGAGAAGUUAGCAGGGAUGAAAAUGGAAGCAGCAAUGGCACAGGUGGAGGCUGUGAGAGCUAGUGAGAAAGAAGCAGUGAAGAGACUAGAAGCGGCACAAAAGGAGAUUGAUGAAAUGAAAGCUAAAACCGAGGCUGCACUAAAGAGUGCAGAGAUGGCAGAGGCUGCCAAGAAAGCGGUGGAAGGAGAGCUUAAAAGGUGGAGGGAAAAGGAACAGAAGAAAGCCGCAGAAGCCGCAGCUUUAAUCCUUCAAGAAACACAAAUGCAGCAGACACCAUCUUCACCUUCAACCCCGGUUUACAAGCAGAGUCCCCCACAAAAGCAAAAGACGAAAAAAGUGCUUGGCAGCAAUCUCAGUGGCAUCUUCCACAGGAAGAAAUCGCAGGUUGAUGGUGGAUCUUCUCCUUCAUAUUUGCCUGGUGAGAAGCCCAUGUAAUUAGCUCUGAAAGUGUUUGUGUUUUGCUUGGAGUGUACGAGUGGUUGGUGUGUAUAUUGUUGAACCUAACUUGAGAAUGAAAGCUCGUGUUUUUGUGAACGACAAGAAAAUGACACCCGAGUGACCAAAACUUUUGGUAACUCGGGUAUCUAGUAUAUGAGAGAUUUGAACUCGGAAUCAUUAAAUUAUUACUCAUGAGUUUUUUUACUUAA